AUGGCAAAGUCCAAAUACCUUGAGAUAUCUACCGUCCUCUUGAUAUUCACAUUGAGUAUAGUUAUGAAAACCUACCGGAUAGAGAACGGAGACUUUGUUGUAUGGGAUGAAGCCCAUUUUGGGAAGUUUUCGGAGAAAUAUCUAUCCAGAAAGUUUUACUUUGAUGUCCAUCCUCCCCUCGGUAAGAUACUAACUUCUCUUGGAGGAUAUCUUUUUAACCAACCUCUGGACUUCGAAUUUAAAUCAGGAGAGAAAUUUCCUAAAGGAUUUGAUUAUUCGGGAAUGCGGAGAUUUCAUUCUGCCAUAGCGUCUUUUAUGCCAGUUCUUGGAUACCUAAUGCUUAAAGAAAUGAAGUAUUCAUACAAGCGUAGAAUUCUUCUUUCUUUAAUAUUUAUAUUUGAGAAUGGGUUUACAUCCAUUGGAAGACUAAUACUUUUGGACUCCCAUCUCCUGACAUUUACGGCUGCAGUUGCAUACUUCAUGACUAGAAUGUACUUUAGAUCUAAGGAAAAGAUAGAUUUGGCCUCUAUUUCUCUUCUGGGAAUAACUUUGGGCUGCGUCCUGAGCAUUAAGUGGAUUGGAUUUUUGACAAUGAGCCUGGUUGGAUUGUUUACCAUCUAUUGUCUAUGGUGUAAUAUUACCUCUAAAGAAAGCAUUUUGGGAUUUGCCAAGCUGUUUCUUAUGAAGGCGUUUUUUCUGAUUUGUAUUCCGGCGUCUUUGUACGUUCUAUUGUUUUACAUCCACUUUGAGAUGGUAAACAGGAGUAGUAGCGACGAUGGACAUAUGAGCUCACUCUUUCAAGCAACCCUCAAGGGAAGUGACAUAGGUAACAACAGAAAAUAUCCAUUGUUUGGAACUAAGGUGACAAUUAAGUCCUCCAAGACAGGAGGAGGAUAUCUCCAUUCCCACGACCACAAGUAUCCGAACGGAGAGAAUAAUCAAGUAACCAUCUAUCAUCAUAAGGACGAAAACAACGCCUGGGUACUUCAAAAGGUGACUGAUGACCUAGAAGAUGCAGAGUUCAUUUCGUCAGGUGACACAGUUGUUCUUCUGCACAUGGAGACUAGGAAGUAUUUGGACAUUCCAGGCAACCAUUCUCUUAUGUCAAGUGGUUUGAGAGCAGAGUCCUCAGGAAGCCACCUUUCCGAUACGAACCUGUUCAAAAUAGAAAUAGUAGAAGACGCCAUAAAAAAGGAGGGCCGAGUAAAAACUCUUACAACCAAAUUCAGGCUGUUCAGCACCAAACAUAACUGCUAUCUCAAGCCUUCAUCAAGAAAAUAUCCUUCGUGGGGAUUUGAGCAGGGAGAGGUCAUCUGUGGAGCCAAGAAGGGCGAGGCAACUCUUUGGAAUGUCGAGGAAAACACAUCUGCAAAGCUGAGCGAAGAGAAAAAUCCUGUGUAUAAAGAGAUCACAAGAUAUCCAUUUUCAAAGAAGUUUGUGGAGCAUAAUAAGGCUAUGUUUAUUACAAAUGCUUCUUUCAUUCAGGAUGAAGAUCUGGAGCCGGAAAGAAUUGUUUCAAAGCCAUAUGAGUGGUUCAUCCUCAAAAGAGGAUUAAGAAUGACCGCGUGGGACGGACAGAACGAGAAGUUCUAUAUGUUUGGAAAUCCACUUGUAUGGUACUCUUCAGGAAUUUGUGUGAUUCUUUCACCGAUUGUUCUUCUUUGCAGAGUAAUCAGCCGAAAGCGAAAGGGGAAACCACUGGCAUUCCUAAGGAACGAAGGAUACAUGGUUUUUCUGUCUUGUUGUGGAUGGCUCCUGCACUACAUUCCCUUUUUCUUUGUUAAGAGAGUGCUGUACUUCCAUCACUAUUAUCCCGCCUUGUUUUUUGCAUUGUUUUCAUUAUGCUAUAUCAUGAAAUUUGCCAGAUUGGGAUUUGUUGCUGUGUUUACGUUUUUUGUGAUUGUAUUUUUCUUCCUCUACUCAAGACUAACUUACGGAUUUGGCGAGGAGACAGAAUUCCUUAGAAGAAUCAGCAUAAUCCCCACUUGGGACUUCAUAGAGAAAGGACAGUGA